AGCUCAAGGAUUCGACUCGUGGGAGCCCCGUGUGCUGCAGCUUCUGGAGUGUCUAGCUGAGAGCACCAAUGGCAGAAUGCAUAUGCCAGCCAAUGAGUCCAGUUCAACCAAAAGGCUUGCGCCAAUGCGGCCCUCAUCUGCUAUUACUGGCGAGACCAUACUGGCGACAUACUUGGACAUCAUGUUGGAAGUGAUGCGGCGAAGCAAUAUUCCCUGGUCGACCGGUAUCGACAAGGCAAUUGGCGACAGCCUCAAGCUACUGGACGGCCCUGCUGAUAUUGACCCUGAGCUCGGCCCGCCGGAAGGUAGAGAUCGGUGAGCAGUACCGACUGAUGUGUUUGAAGCGCAUGCUCUUCUCGUAUGGGUUGCCUGACUUCCACAUUUCCAACACGCGCAUGGCGUAUCCGCUACUGCAAUGGCUUGUGCGCAAAACCGACAGUCCAGGAAUCAUGGCUGAUGCAUUGCAGCUAGUCGAUGCCUAUCACCAGCUGAGCCGGACCACCGCGUAUGUUCUGCGACUGCAGGCGCUGUGCGAGGCAGGCGAUCCAGACAAGGUCUCCAGCCUGAUCGAGUAUAUUGACAAGACUGAGCACGGGCCGACCAUCAAAGAAGCGGGCAGUGUUCAUUUACCUCCGACUGAGCACCACACGCCGCUUGAUUCAGGUAGCAGUGCGACCAAGGACGAUCAGACCGCGUCCCGAUAUGUGCCGAUGGAGAUUGUUAGAAGGGGGAUAUGCUGGGUACGCGAGUUCCUCGACAGCAUGACAUUCACGGGUGAGUCGAGCAAGACCCAGUUUUCGCAGUACGCUGAAGCGAGUAUGGCCAUGAUCCGCACCCUGGAUGCACUCUGCAAGAAGCACACGGCAGCUGCCCAGGCGCUUGCUGAAGGCACCAGCGGCUCACAUAGGGUACACGCUUUGCCGCAGCAUUUGCUCGACAAGAUCAGGGACUUCGUUUCUGGCGAGAAGGCCACCAUGGGCGUUGUGUGGCAGCUGCUAACGGAGGGCGAAAUCAUGGUUUCGCCAGGUGAACUGGAGCAUCGGUCUGCAAGGCGACAAAUUCUAGACGAGCUUCUGGAACAGCGCUGGCUUCAGCCAUAUGUCAGCGAGUGCGCUAGUAGUGGCAGACCGAAGGGUAAGGGCAAGCAGAUCCGUGGCCCUGCUAAACCUGCAGCUCUGGAGCUGCUCAGCCUGCCGUCAAUUCCGACCAAUAUUAAGAGCCUGGCAGCAAUGCUAAAGUUUUCCCCAGCACAGCUAAGUCAGCGCAUCAUUUCGCUUGCGUUAUCGCAUGGGGUGUUCGGUGCUGCUCUCGACACGUGCCAGGAUCUGAUCGAGACGCUGAGACCGUUACCGUCAGAGGACCUACCUGGACAGAGUGCGAGGAUGACAGUUCCUAUGUCUACCGUGGAUGACUGGCAUGCGGCGAUCGGUGCAUUGGCCAAGUGUGAGCAGGUGAUCAGCGCACACCUCGCUGGUCUCCAUGACGGCUCUGUGCAGACUGACGCAGAAACACCGGGUCUGCCUGGGUCCCUGCAGGGCGCGCUCAUCAAGCGAUUGGUGGUUUUAUGCCAAGCAGCGAGUCUGAAGUGUGCCUCCCAAACACACUUGGUCGGGUUUCUUGAUGCAUUCUCGAGCUGGGAGUUUGCUGCUGCCAUCUUCAAACAGACAGCUGAUGGCGAUUUUGCUACGUUGACGCGAAAGCUGGCGCCGAAACCAACGCCAGCUGUGCCUCUACCAUCGUCGUCACGGUCCUUUUCAACGCAUGCUGUCGCCGGUCCGUCGUCGGGUUCGCCUAUAGCGGCUGGGUACGAGGAAUCGGGAGAGGUCGGUGAGGGCGCGGUGUCUAGCUGGCUUGGCCCGCUGUUUUCAAACAUCUAUGUUGAGCGCGGGCUGGUCCUAGAGACUGAAAAGACGAUGAAGCUAGUAUAUCGGCUUAUUACACUGCUGCGUCGUUUGCCCACGACAACCACCGGACUACGACCUGGAACGAGAGAUAGCGCCGACUCCCUGAGAAGCAGCCGGUCCAAAUCCUCAGAGAAGAGCGCCGAUGACCGCGACAUUUCGAAACUAGGCGAGCUCGAGGCCGAUGACCUUCGGAGCGAGGCAAUCAGCUGCUGCCGAAGUCUGGCAGCGCAUCUGUCGGCCAACCGCCACUGGAUUCUGGCCACUCAGGCACUGGAGCUCACCAUUUCGCAGCUGGCACGGUCGUCAUUUGUGGUCAGUGCCGAUGUCGAAGAAUCAGUCGAGUCGCUUAACCUGCUACGCCAGCGGUUGAGCUCAGGCGGUGUCAGUGAGGGCGAGCUGGACACGCUGUUUGGCGUUGGGGAGACAGCAAACCCCCUGGAUAUCCAGUCGCUGACUGGCAAGGCUCUGGUGCGCUCGCUGCAGCAGCAGCGUGGAGUCGAUAUGGUGUUCAUAUUUUCGUCCAUGAUCAUGACGCCACCGGUCAAAGCGUACCAGCAUCUGUCGACAGCAAUGAGCCAUUCGGGGCUGCUGCCGUCGCGUGUGAUCACUCUGGCCAAUAUUGGGUCAGCCUGCUCGCUGGUGUGGCAGCAGCAGGCCCUUUUGGACCGCUGUCGGUCUGUUGCCGCUGCUGCACGGUGGAGCGAGCAGCUGCAACUUUUGCACAUCAAGUUUGACGUUGCGCUGCUCAACAACCCGAAGCCCCAGCUGCUGGAGACACUGAUCCGACCAAUGUUGGUAAAAACAAGCAUGGAUAUCACCACUGUGCUCGAGUUUGCCAAUGAGUUCCGGCUUGACGAGACCUUUGUGAUCCUCGAGUACAUUUCUCUGUGUUGCUCGGCACCCGGCAUUGACGGCUAUCAGGCGCGGAUCCUGGGAAUUGCGGAUGAGGUCGCCAACACGAAGCUGCUGGAGCGGACAUACGUCGAUGCCAUGGAGAGCGGGAUUUCUGCAUACGAUUACGAGCGCUUGCAGUUUGUUGUGCAGCGACUUGAGGAGCUGCGUCCGCAGGAUGAGGUAGUCACUAGUUAUACGACAGUUCUGGAUAUCCUGUGCACAUACGACCGCCGCGGUGAGCCGGGGAUUGAGGAGCUGACUCUAGAAUGGACCAGAACACGCUCUGCACGCGAGGUGUCGCAACAGUUUGCUGCAUCAGACGAGCCGGUAACGCAGAACACUGGCCAGACACCGCCGCUGUCGACACUCCUUGCCCAGUAUCCAUUAGCAGCGAAGCGGCUGCCAUUCCACUCAAUCGUGAACUCGAAUCCGUGGGCGGCGUUGCUACCAGAGCUCAGUGCAGAUACAGUUGAUUUGCUGGUGGUACUGGCCAAGCCACUGGGCCUAAACCAGGACGACUUUUACAUGAACCUGAUCGAUUCGAUGCUAAAGCAGUGGAAGCGCAAUAGUCCGUCUGAACUUACACGCGGUAUGGCAUUCUCGGUUGUGACGAGCAAGACGCCAACACGUUUUAAUGCAAUCCAGCCACUGAUACGAUGCUUCAAAGACCCCGAAGCAGCGGUCAGCACACUCAAGCAUUUCGCUGAUGAGCUGCCGUGUGGACCCGAUAGGCUUGCCGCACUGAAGAUGGGCAUUAAGCUGCUGACAAAGUGGGCGCAGUACACUAAGCGCAUGAGCGAGCCAGAGCGCAGCGAGGUCCUGGUCAAGGCAGAGACAAUAUACACGCACUUUCAAAAGAGCUACACGGAUUCGUCGGUUGAGGUCGCACUGCGUAAACACGGGCUGGAGCAGUACCUGCACUUAUUCACAGAUGCACAGGGCAGCGAAGCUAUGCUGCGCGCCUUGACUGCUAUCUAUGAGGGCCAGUGCGAUUCUGCAAUGUGUGAGCCGAAGCACGAGGGGCGCCAUGUUCUGCAUGAGAUUGUGCGCACGCUGGCUGAGAUCUACGGAUUUGAGAUGGACAAGCUGCUGGAAACGAUGCUUGACACAUACCUGAGCACAGCCAUUGUUCUUGACCCCAGCACGGAGAGCCUGCUGCUUCCCUCGACGCGGUACCAGGCAUCCCUGCGCAUGCCGUCAUCGCGGGAAGCGCAGCUGAGACGCUGCAUUGUCUAUGUUCUGCGUGCAUAUAGUGUUUCCGAUAUGGUCAGGCUGCUUCUGAAAUUCGCGUACAAUAACCCCACCGGUAUUUCGUGCCUGUGCCGUGCGCGUGCGUUGGACAUUGUGCUCUCGCUGGCUUCCGACAACGAUAUUGCGGCGCUACAAAGCCCCGAGCAUGUGAAGCGAUACUUCCUGGCCCUACUCUACCUGGCAGACUUUGACUUUGUCGGAAUCCCGCAGUCGACAGCAGACUUUAUCGAGUGCUCGAAGGCAGCCCUGGCACGGUCGAUUUGGGUCGAUUACCACGAGGACUCCCGUGUUGCGCAGCUCAUCUGCAACUUGUGCUUGGACUUUGAUGUCCAGGACAGCGAUCUGCUGGUGCGAAUUCUCACACAGCUGGUUUCAGCAAAGGCGUUCCGGUACGUGACAGGUGCACUGGAGAUCAUCAGCAGAAUGACGCAUUUCUCUAUGAUCCCAGAACUGCCAGUGUUCUGGAACCAGGCGGUGUCAGGCAGUCUAGUGCAGAUCGCUCAGUGCCAGGCCCCAGGCUGGAUCGAAGACACCAUAUUUGUGCUCGGCGCCUGCAUUCGUUCGCUCUACCUUCCUGAUAUCAGCACAGGCAACAUUGUGGAUUCCCUGCUGCAGUGCUUGGAUGAGAGCUCUGGCGACAAUGCGGCAGCUCUGCAAUUGGCUUUUGUUUCAUAUGAGGUACUUCCGGGCGGUAACGAUGCUGCAGAGCUCCUGCGGCGGUAUAUCAGCAGCCGUAGCCCUGCCCUGGUACACGAGGAUAUUCUGCUCGUUCUCGAAUUUGCUGGCCUGUCGUCGAAAGCUGGAGAUUCACAGCUAUUUGUUGACUGGUCACGGUCGCGAGCACUAACACUGAUAUUUGAUGUCAUUGAUGCUCGUGGUCUCCAUGGGCAAGCACUGCUGCGCCCGCCCGCGGGUCGUGCCGUCCGCGCCUACGUACAGAACAGGAUGCGCAACGAUAAACUGGUAGCAGCAGUCCAAGCCUGUCUGGAUAGGGGCAAGCAACGACUGGCGCAGCAACUUGUGUGCCAGUACUACAACUCUCGGUCGGCUGAUGCGAUAGUCAUAGAUGCAGCGAGUGCCGGUAUUGAGCCAGAUAUAGCCAAGACAGAAGACUUGGAUGCCGACAGCGACGAAAAUGCCACUUUGGAGAACCAGCCAGACCCAGACACGUCUCCAGCUGGCGAGGGGAUUGUGCCACCAGAGAUUCAGAUAUUGGCCAAAAGGUUUUCGGAGCCAACCAAGCUCAACAUCUACCUCGCUACUCACAAGUAGCAUGUGUCGUGCUUGUGGAUGAGUGGAUGAAGAAGACGCGGAUAUGAAUAUACUAUUAGACGAGACACGGACAGAUGAAAAAGAAAAGCAACUGGAAAAGUGGAAUAUUGAUUACAGAUUGCGCCCGUGGUCGCAGAUGGCAAGGCCUUUGGACAUGACUGACCCCAGAAGUAUUCGGGUGACUCCGCCGCGACGCUGCACAGCAGAGACUGUCGUGGUUGGUAGCAAGUCACCACCGUCGACCAUCACAU